UUGUCGCUGUCGGCCUUGGUGCGGAGUAUGGUCGGUAGCGCAGAAUCGUGGGAUGCAGUGGUGUCCUUCUGUGAGGACGUGAUGUCGCAGAAGGAAACUGCGGAACGGGAGAGGGAGAUCUCGACUCCCCUUCCCUGGCCGCAGAAGGCGCACCGGGCGCAGGAGAAGGGCGGACAACGCCCUUUUCCAGCCCCCAUGAAUAAGUCCAGGGGCGAGGGACUAGGGGAAGCCCCCGCCCCCUAUUCGAUGGACCCGAGGCGGAGGCACGCGUGGGUGUCGGCGCGUGCCUCUGAGGUGAUACAGGGGUAG